AUGGAGGACGAACUGGAGGAACUGUGGAAGAAGCUUUCCUUUACAGAGGAAGAAGAUGAGAGUAUAUCAUUAGGGAGUGGUACUACGGACGCAGCGAAGAUGGUUGGAAAGAACUGUCUUUUGAUGAAGGUUCUAUCACAAAAAUACAUGAACAUUGAGGCUCUUAGAAAGCCCAUGAGGAUGCUAUGGAAACCGAACAAAGGGGUGCAGAUAAACGAGAUUGGGGAAGAGCUAUUCCUAGUGAAGUUUGGAGAUGGAAGAGAUAAGAAGAGGAUAAUGGAUAUGAGCCUGUGGACUUACAAGAAACAACCGAUUCUUUUGAAGGAAUUUGAGGGUGAACAGGCGCCAAAAGACAUCCAACUGUGGCAAUCACCGUUCCGGGGGCAAAUACACAAUCCACCUAUGCACAGUAGGACUAGAGAGACAGGUUGGGCAAUCAAAUCAAAGUUGGGAGAGGUUGUGGAAGUUGAUGUCGCAGAAUCAGGUGUCCAAUGGGGAAAAUAUCUCAGAGUAAGGGUGCAGCUUGAUGUCACAAAGAAGCUGAUAUGGGGGAAAAAGAUAGCCACAGAGGGUGGGGAACAACAUUGGAUAACGUUUAAAUAUGAAUGUCUUCCAAAAUUUUGUUACAAGUGUGGUAUACUCAGUCAUGGGCUACAGGACUGUCCGGAGGGGAAGGUGGAAGUUUUGUCGAAACUACCAACGUUACAGUAUGGGGUGUGGCUGAGGGGUGAGGUGCCGAGGAGAGGUGAUGGAGAUCUUAUAAAGUUUGGAACAGAGGAAGGGUGGUAUGCAAAGGGAGAUCCGAUGAGGGACGUGAUGGGGGGGGGGGGGGGAAGAAAAGGCCCUACACGUGCCGGGCCAGAGUCUGGGGCAGGGAAAAGUCACGGAUUCAUCGCUGCCACGCAUGGGAGCUAA